ACUGGAAUCCACACCCUCCAUCUGCAGACUGCUUAUCAUGUUGAGACACCUCCUCGUCUUUGUUUCUUCCAGCCGGCAGUCUCUCCAAAUAUUGAGCACAAGCUGAACAUAUAUAAAACUAAAAAGGAUAUUCUGGGAGCAGUCAAGAGGAUUUUCACAAAGGUCACAAUCCAAAUGUGCUACUGAAACAGCGUGGAGUGAUGGAAUCUCCAGAGUUUUCCCUGCUGUCGUCCUUGAGGGGAGACUUAAAAUCAGAGGAGUUUAUCCAACCCCACUAUAAGGAGGCAUAUCGCCUGGCAAUUGAUCGCCUGGUGAGCGGCGGCAGAGACAGUUACCUCGAGUUCCUCAAGGGAGAGCGUAUCGGGAGCUUCCUCUCAGAGGAAGAGCUUCACUUCAUUACUGAAAACGCAGAGCAGCUCCCGCCUCAAAAUCACGCAGAGGAAAUCAAUGGCUCACCAGACAACCAAUCAUCCUCAGGGACGUAUUGGCCUGUCCACUCGGAUGUGGACACACCAGAUUUGGAUUUGGGAUGGCCGGAGGUCAUGCAUGACAAACUUCAGACAAAUAUAGAUCUGCUCUUCCAUCCACCCAGACAAAAUAACCCCACCAUCAAAGAGGUGAUCCGAAAGCAUAUUCAGGAUGCAAGACAGGUCGUUGGCAUUGCGAUGGACGUGUUCACUGACGUAGAUAUAUUCAAAGAAGUUGUUGAUGCCUCUAUACGUGGAGUCCCUGUUUACGUGCUUUUGGAUGAUUCCCAUCUGAAAAGUUUCCUCACAAUGGCUGAAAGUCAAGAUGUCAAAAUUCAACAGCUCAGGAACAUGAGGGUGCGCACUGUGAAAGGUCAGGAUUACCUCUGUCGAUCAGGAGCUAAAUUUCAUGGGGCGAUGGAGCAGAAGUUUCUUUUAGUCGACUGCCACACAGCGAUUUAUGGCUCAUACAGCUUCACGUGGUCUUUUGAGAAGAUACAUCUGAGCAUGGUGCAGGUCAUCACAGGCCACCUGGUGAGGUCCUACGAUGAGGAGUUUCGAACACUUUACGCCCGGUCAAAUGUGCCUGUUGAACUCUGCCCAGCAGAGGGUUUGUUCCAACGCAAUGGGUCACAUGGACGACAGAUUUUGCCAAAAUCUCAUUCCGCCCCCAAAAUUGAGCGGAGGGACCAGUUGAGGCACACGCUGGACACAGUCUAUCGAAAGACCUGUGAGAGGAAACUAGGUGUGAGAGACCUCGAGGAGAGGCUAUUCGAAGAAGAACAACAUGAGCUCAGGCCCUUGAAUGAGAAUGGGAUCAGCGGUCAAAACCACAUACCCCAAUUUCAGUCUGCAGAGACAAUGGACUUCUUAAAACGGCACAGCUAUGCUGGGGAGAUUCAGGAUGGAUUAAUGGCGCAGAACAUCAGGCCCAGAGCAAGCAACUGGAAUAUCUCCAGAGAAACCGGAAACAAUUACCCCAUGGAUAAUUACUUACAAGUGCAACAGAUGCACAGAGGUCAAAACAUGCGGCAGUCGUACAAUGGCAACGACAAACAGAUUCUGUCCAUGCAGCAGAACAUGCCAACACUUGAAAAUACAUCCAAGUCGUUUAUGCGCACAUUGAGGAUUGAGUCCUACCUCAAACACCCUGACGUCCCAUACGGGGACUCUUGUGAUUAUUUAGACCAGUUUGAACCACAGGACAAAGCAAACUCCUUCAUGCAGGGUAGGAUGAGGUCUUCCCUUGUUUUCAGGUCCACCAUACCAGAGCACAUAGAGCCAAACAGGCACUUUAACAACUCUUCAACCAAUGUCAAUGCCUCAGCAACACACAACACUCCUAUGCACUACUCAUCCAUGCAGUGGAAUCCAGCAGCAGUAGCUGAACACAGAAUGAGUAAUGAAGAGUUCAUGUUAAAGAGGAAAAGUCUGCAGAUUUUGGAUGACGAUCGGAAUAAUGCAGGCUACGGCCCUGGUAGAAACGCUUACAACUCUGUAUAUGCCAGCUUAGGCCGAGCUAAAGGUGGACACAUGAUCACCAAUCCAGACAUCCUGUCAGACAGCUGGCAAAAAAGGCACAGCGUGGCAGAUCCAAGAUCAAACACUGAGUACGGACAUGAAUCCUCCAGUCACAUGUAUGGAGCAUUUGCAAGGAUGCAAGUGAACAGAGGCACAGCAGGGAUGCAUGCACCUAAUGGAGGAUACGGGUCAAAUCUGAAAGAGGAUCAGAGAUCUGCCUCUCAUUAUGAUGUCAAGAGCAUCACAAGUACAAAGAGCUCUGGUACUCCUAUUUGGCAGGAGCCGCCAUCCAGGACUGUGUCUGCAGCAGCCCUGGAUGUGAAUAACAAGGAUUUGUCAGGUAAAUCCCACAGCUCCCACCAUUUCCUGAAGAAGAGUUCCAGGAAAUUAAAAUCAUUACUCCACAUACCAGAGAAAAAAGAGGAUUCAGCUGAAACGCCGAGUCUGAAGUCAGGCUGCAGCACAGACACCAUAACAGCUGAGGAUGAGGAGAGGAUGUCACAUGGAGGAAGACAACUUUACCAAAGCACAACCAACUCUAUCCGGUCAGAACACCAGAGGACACGGAUGGAGGACAACCAGCUAAAAUCGUCAAGACCGCGAUUUACAACUGAGGAGCACCAGAAUCCAACGCAAGUCUCUCUCACUAAACCUGCUGCAGAGAAAAAAACCAGCAUUUAUGACAAAAGCGCAAGGCCUGGCCUUGACUCAGCGAGCUGGAGCAAGGAACGAGGCGUAGACACUCGCCUUUACAGCAGAUUUGAGCCUUUCUGCUCAUUUGAAAAGAAACACUCCAUGUGUUCUGCACACGGCUUUGGAAAUGCACACUCUCAGGAAAAAACCAAAGGCCUUCCCAAAGGUGAGGCAGCUAUUGAAAACAACAUCACUCGAGCUGCGCGAGGGCACCAUGAAAAUAAGCUGGAGAGAUUCAUUCAUAGAAUGGGGAACCUCAUACACAAGAACAAAUAGUCUGGGGGUCAAUACAGGUCACUUAUUAUCAAUGCACAUCUGACUCAUAUAUUCUGAGAGUCGGUCUUUAUUUCUGUUUACUUUGUAAAAUGUUUUACGCAAACGCUGUUUACAUUUUGUUCAUUUUGUUAUUGUGUACAGAUGCACUGAAAGGAAAAUAUGUUUUAUAUAAAUACAGACUUUUAUGUAACAAAA